AUGGCUGUUGUUUACCCCUCCCUGUACUGGGUUGUUUACGCCGUCGGAUGGAUCCUGAAAACCAUCGCAUUCACCGUGUUACGCCUGCUGCACCUGCUAUAUCGCCCGGUUGCAUUCACUCUGCAGCCCGUUGUCUACCUCACCCAAUUCUUCUUGGCCUGUCUUGCUCUCCCAUUCAAGGCUGUGGUCAAGUUUGAGACGCUCUUCAUAUACUUGUCCAUCGCCGCCCUCGUAGGAGUCGCAGGUGGUCUGAUCAUAAGCCUGAUCUCCAGGAAACUCAAUGGCCUUUUCUUUGCUCCACGUCCAAUCAAGCCCAAAGUCAGGUCGGUCAAGGAUUAUCGCCAGCAGAAGCAGAAGCAGACACGCAAAGACGCAUUGCCUACCUUGAUGUUACCCUAUUUGUCGGAGCAUGCAAAUGGUCCUUCGCCUCAACGCCACUUGUCCCCGGGACAUGCGUCGCCAGGGCACGCAAGUCUAUCGGAUGGCAACCGCAGGAAGGCAGGUUUGCUAUCGACGACCAUCUUGGAGGAGGACGACUCAGACUUCUAA